ACCAAUGAAUGUAGACACCGGUAACAUUUGAACAACAAGCCUUUCGUUAAAACAUCAAGAAGUAUCCCAAACGUUACAGUAAUUUAACAUGGAUCCUGUAAGCGCGGAACAUACCAAACUAUACUUUUAUGAAAAUAGAUUACAAACUUAUUCGGGGUGGCCAUUCGAGGAGGACUGCAUUUGCACUCCAGAGAAUAUGGCUAAAGCUGGCUUUAUUCACACGCCCACCGAGAAUAGCCCGGAUGUCGCGCAAUGCUUUUUCUGCUACAAAGAACUGGAGGGAUGGGAGCCUGAAGAUGACCCAGUGAAGGAACACAAAUCACAUUCUCCGGCCUGCAAUUUCAUUGCACUAGAGAAGUCAGUGAAUGAGCUCACAGUGGAAGAACUACUCAAGCUGCAGAAGGAACGACAGAAAUAUCUCAUUAAAAAGACCUGCAAUCAAGUAAUUGAAAAAUUUGAAGAAGCUGCGAAAAAAAGAAGAGGGGACAUUGUCAAAAAGGCAACAGAUGCGUGAGGGGGUCAUUUGUGCUCUUGAUUUUAGUUUUGUUAGCAGUGUGUUUUGUAUGUGUGUCCAAUAUUUGUGGAACCCCCCUGUCAUUUUAUUGUUGUGUAGGCUAUAGUUAUCUAUGUUGUCAUUGUUAAAUAACUGCCUAAACCUAAAAUUAGUUUAAAUACAAUGAGUAUCUAGGUCUUGGAA